CUUAUAAUGACAUCCGAAAAUGAGAUCUUAUAUGAUCCUGCAGCUGCUCAGUCAAAUCCAAAUGAUUCAAAUCAGCUUGUUCUAAUCCCUGGUAAAAAGCGCAAAAAGGCCGAUGAUGGCCCAAUACCAAAGAAGAAGGAUGCGACUGGGGGUAAGAAAAGCAAAAAUUACGCUAAGGAAAAGGAGAAACAGAAGAUAACGAAGAAAAUGAAGCGACAGCUUGCAGCAGUUCAACAAAGAAAAGCAAAUAAAUUGACGGGUUGCGAAGCAUCCACUUCAACAUCUCAACCAGAGUUGGAGGCGCCUUCAUGUGAACUGAGCGUGGAGGUGGAUAAUGUACAAAAGGAAGCGAUAAGUAACACAGAUGAAAAAGUAGGCUAG